UUUAAUCUCCGUACUGUCAAUAACUACAAGUGCUCUAUGUGCUAAAUUAUUUAUACUAUAUUUAAUUAUCAAUUUUUGGCUAUUUAAAAAAAAAAAAUGGCUCACAAAGUAAAAAUGUGGAUCCCCGUGAUCCUUGCAAUUGGAUGGUCACUUUAUUUAAACGAAUGGUCUCGAUCAAUCACCGGUAAAUUAAUCUACGGUGAUUAUAUUGGAGCUUAUAAAUUAUAUAUGGGUGAUACGGAUAAAUUAUUUAGUAAAAGUGAAUUAGAGAAAUUUAAUUCCCCGGAGAGUGGUUUGUACUUGUCAAUUUUGGGACAAGUUUUUGACGUUUCCAAAGGAGAACAAUAUUACGGCAAAGGAAAUACUUAUCAUGCAUUCUUAGGACGUGAUGCAUCGCUAGCCUUUAUUACUGGAGACUUUAGUGAUAAAGGAUUGACUGAUGAUCUGUCAAGUUUGACAAACAAGCAAGCCAAGUCAUUGGACAAUUGGUUAAAGUCUUACCAUGACAAAUAUUUAUUUAAAGGUAAACUGGUUGGUAGAUUUUAUGAUAAGUAUGGAAUGGAAACACCAGAGUACCAUAAAUUCUUGGCGAAGGUCUUGAAAGCCGAAGUUGAGGUAUUGGAAAAAGACAAGGUCAAUAAAAUAUUUCCUCCUUGUAAUGUCGAGUGGAAUUUCGAAGAAGGAACCAAGUUUUGGUGUACCAAUCAAAGUGGAGGAAUAUCAAGAGAAUGGAUAGGAGUACCAAGGCAGUAUUACGAGAAUCCAUCUUUCCCACAGAAUAGGUGUGCUUGUGUCGAUUUGAAAGGCCAAGAUUAUCUAAACAAUAAACCCAACUUCCGAGAGUACAAAGACUGUGCUAAAGACGCUCUUGUGUGUUAUGUUAAAAAUUAACUUUCAUUUAUUUAUAAUAAUUCAACUUUAAAUUUUUAAUUUAACAGACUUACGGUGAUGGUUGAAUUGAACUUUUUUUUUUUAAUUUUUUUUUUUUUUUUUAUUAUUUCUAAUUUUCUACGAGAAUAAAUAAUAAUUUCAGUGCAGUUGAUGGUAAAGAAGAUUUUUACAUUUUCAGAUGUGAAUAGCAGCGAGCUCUACUUUAUUAUUUAUACUGAUAGUUGUUAUGUAGAAUUUUAUAUAUUAGAUAAAUAUUCGACCAGAGCUGGGAAUCCCAAAACAUGUGAUAA